AUGAGUGACGAUGGAAAAGAGAAACUCCAGUCUUUUCCGCCAGCUCCACUAAUUGAAACGAAAAUUUUUUAUUAUAUUGAUGAUCAAGAACCACCUUAUUUAACAAAAUUAUGUCAACAACAACCCGUUAAAUUAAAAGAUUUUAAAAAUGCUCUCGAUCGAAAUUGUUCAAAAUAUAAAUUCUUUUUCAUGUCAUCUGAUAAUACAAUUGGAAAAGUAAAAGAAGAGAUAAUAAAUGAUGAUCAAAUAUUACCCUAUGCAGAUAAUGGUACAGAUCGAAUAGUGGCCUAUCUUGUAUCCAUCGAAGGUAGUACAACAUCGGGAGGAGAUCGUUCAUCGACAGCCAGCGGUGAAAAACAUCAACACAAACAACGAAUAAUCGACGAUGACACACUGACGACAACAACGAAUAGUUCAUCAUUUAUUCAACAGCCAAGAUUACAACGAAAUUCGCGUAGAUAUCAUUCAGGUGCAAGUCAAGAUCAUCGAUUUUUAAUUAAACAACAACGUCAACAUCAGGAUUCAUCAUUUCCCAGUAGCGAUCUUGAUACAACGACAUUUCUAGACGAAACAGAAGAUGACCGAUAUUCGACUAUUACAGAUUCGACAGCAGUAUCAUCUCGGUAUCAUGGAAGAAAUCGUCAACGAAGAAGAAAACAUCGUUUACCAAUAGCUAUCGAUCGUGCUUCAUCUUUUAGUAGUCUCAAUUCAGAUUCGACAAUGACAUUAAAUAUCAUUACUGUUACAUUAAACUUAGAUUCUGUGAAUUUUCUUGGAAUAAGUAUCGUUGGUCAAAGUGACAAAAAUGGAACGACCGAUGGAGGAAUCUAUGUUGGAUCUAUUAUGAAAGGUGGGGCUGUGGCUCAUGAUGGGCGUAUUGAACCAGGUGAUAUGAUUUUACAAGUAAACGAUAUUAGUUUUGAAAAACUUUCAAACGACGAUGCUGUUAAAAUAUUGCGUGAGGCUGUUCAAAAACCUGGACCAAUAAAAUUAGUUGUUGCUAAGUGUUGGGAUACAUCACCUCGUGGCUAUUUUACAUUACCUCGUCAUGAACAAGCUCGUCCAGUCGAUCCUCUCUCGUGGCUUGCUCAUACUCAAGCUAUUAGCAAUACCUUUAAUCCUACAGCAAGACAAUCGCUGUUGCAUCAGAGUUCAACAACAAAUAUGAGUUCAACGAUAUCAUCGACAGGCAAUACGUUGACUGAUAACGAAAGAUUUGGGCUAGAUUUAAAUUUAACAGUAGAUAGUGAUAUGGAUACAAUAUUACGAGCAAUGGCUGAGAAAGAUUCCGGUUUAGAUAUUCGAGAUCGUUUUUGGUUAAAAAUGCCUAUACCAAGAGCCUUUUUAGGUUCUGAUCUUGUAAAUUGGUUAUUUGAGCACGUUGAAGGAUUUAUUCAACGUAAUGACGCUCGAAAAUAUGCCAGUAGUAUGUUGAAAGCUGGUUAUAUUCGACAUACAGUUAAUAAAUUAACGUUUAGUGAACAAUGUUAUUAUGUUUUUGGAGAUUUAUAUGCACAAGGUAUAUCCCAAUUGACAUUAGAUGAAGAACCCGAGGAUUAUGAAUCUGUAUCAGAAAAUGAUCGUGAUACAUUGGCUCCAUUGAAGCCGGCAACAUAUGGUUAUUUAGAUAAGAAUAAUACUCCAUUGUAUUCUCCUCAACAAACAUUUCAUGAUUCAACGUUAACAGCCGGUAUAACUCAGUCAACUCAUAGCAAUUCAGGCGGUUCAUCGUGUUCAAAAGAUGCACGCAGUGCUAAAUCAUCAUCAACAAGUAGUACAGCAUCAGAUAUUGAUAGUUUAAAAUUAUCUUCAAAACAACAACAUCAUCCUCAUCAAAAUUCACUUUCAAAUAAUUCUAGACAAUUAGAAUCUGUACCGAAUCAAUUACGUUCAAGUAAAGAAUCAUUUUUACAAGCAAUGGCUCAUCCAUGUGAAUUUUUUGUCGAUGUUAUGUAA